UUUUCUUCCUGUUACCUUCUUCUCAUUCUUUGUAAAAAAAAAAUAACAAACCCUUUAAUUAAACUCUCUUUAUUCUUUUGUUUUGUGGGGAAGACUAAAUGGUUGUCUCCUCAUCUCCGGGAAAUCGUAUUGAAUCAAAUCCAAUAGUGGGGAUUUUCUAGUAACCAAAUUAAAUCAGAACAAUAUAUAUCAAGAAAACAAAGAUGGUUUUGAAAGAGGAGGAGAAGAAAGCUGAAGAAACUUCAGAAGACCAAAAGGGACAAGGGGCGUUAAGCAGAAAGAACAGCCACAGCUCUUUUUGUCCGACAGAUGAUGACGAUGAAGACGAAGAGAAGAAGCUUGAACUUGGUCCCAUGAUCGCUCUCAAAGAACAGCUCGAGAAAGACAAGGAUGAUGAAAGCUUGAGGAGAUGGAAAGAACAACUUCUAGGCAGUGUGGAUAUGGAGGAGGUUGGAGAGACUACGGAUCCGGUGGUAAAGAUAAUGUACUUAACAAUUAGGUCACCGGAUAGAGAAGACAUGGUAUUGACGGUGCCUGAAAACGGAAACCCGACAUCGAAAGAACCAUGGUUUACUCUCAAAGAAGGCUCUAAGUACACUCUUGUAUUUACUUUCCGUGUGACCAACAACAUUGUGUCUGGCCUCCGGUACAGUAAUUCGGUUUGGAAGACCGGACUCAAAGUGUAUAGUAGAAAGGAGAUGCUAGGAACGUUUAGUCCACAGGCGGAACCGUAUAACCAUGUCAUGUUUGAAGAAUCGACACCGUCUGGUAUGCUUGUUAGAGGCUCCUAUUCCGUUAAAUCUAAGUUCGUAGACGACGACAAUAAGUGCUACCUGGAGAACAACUACACCUUCGACAUUCGCAAGAAUUGGCUGUGAUCCUUCCACAUAAGUUAAUGGAAUAAAAAAACAUACUUCAUCUGUUUCAAGAAAAAUGUCACUUUAGAUUUUUUAUUUUGUUUUCA